CCAACUGCUAAGAAAAAAAUAGCACUGAUCUGUUCAUGCACAUGUGUUCUUGGCCUUUACCAAGGAACCGAAAAUAGAAAUUUUGUCUGAGUUUUAGUUCUUGAAUUCUAUUUCCAUAGAUAUGAAAGGAUCGACUAGUAAUCUUACAGCGGGUACGUAGACGUAGAUCUCAAAAGGGGAACGAACGACUCCGUUUGCAUUCCCCUUGUCCCCCUUUUUUUUCCUUUUUCUUUGUCCCCCGGUUCUUCUGAGCUGCUUUUGGAAGACUAAAAUGAAAAUGAUGAUGGCCACUGCUUGGAUUUUAGAUCCCACUUCACUUUGCUGACCGCGGGCAGAAAUUCAUGAGAGAAAAGGCCCGGGCAGCUUGGGUGACUGAAGAAUCCAUAUAUGCCUUUUUUUUUUUUGGGCUUAAUUUCAUUGCCUAUUUCCUAGGACUAUUUGGCUCUGGCACUAGCAAUCUGGGUCAGAAGGGGCCUUGGAUUUGAGGCAAAAAGCCUCGAGAGAAAGAGAGAGAAGAGAGAGUUUGCUCCCAACUCAAUGCUGCACUUUAUUCUCUUCAAAAUUCGAUACUUUGCUGUCUUCCCGAACGAGGUUUUAUUGAUCCUUUUUAGUACAUGGGUUGAACCAUCGCAAACCUCCCCCAUUCAGACGAACAAAGCCAAUUUCCCUCUAUUUACGUUCUCUUCUCUCUCUCUCUCUUAUCAGUUAUCACUUUGCUGCAUUGUCUUCUUCUAGUUUGACAGAAUCUAAUAGUCUUCCUUCCACGCAUCUUUAAGUGUUGUCCCUCUCUUUGAACAUCUUUCUUUCCUACCCUUUUCCCCCUGUUUUCUGUUCUCUCGACUCCUUGCUACAGAAUAGAAACAAAGACAAAAUUAAACCCAACUGGCAACUGGAUAUCUUUGAUUGGACUGGUGUUUGGGGAGGGGGGAAAAAAACACAAAUCCAGAAACUGAAAUGCCAAUUAGAUGGGAUUUUCUUGUUUCUUUCCUCCAGUUAGUUCCUCUUAUUUCCCAGAAUUCAGUCUUGCUCUGCUCCAAGCUUCGUACUCUUUGUGUAUUAAGACCAUAGGAUAGGCACUAGGCAGCUUCUUUACUUCAUUUCUUGAUUCUUGGUUCCAUUGGUUCCGACCUCUGAGCUUGUAUUCAGUACUUGAUAGGGAAUUCCCCGUCUUCUUCAUCAACAAGUUGGUGAACCCAUUUGUUUUUCUUCAUUGAUAUUGCAUUCUGUGGAAGAACUUCCAAGACGUUUCAGACACUGGACCAGAAAGUUUGAAUUUUUGUAUCACUCUAGAUCAUUUGUGUAUAAUUUCCAUAUGAAGUUGAAACAAUGAGAGAUGGGAACUCGAAGAAAAGCAAGCUUUCAUGGCCCAAGACACUGGUCAAAAAAUGGUUCAAUAUCAAGAGCAAAGCUGAUGAUUUUCAUGCAGACGACGUCGUUUAUGGAGGUGUUGAUGAAGAAUGGAGGAGCAAUAUCUCAGAGAGAAAUACUUGCACCAUCAAGAAAAGCAAAACAGAAAAAUCAAGUAAAAGGAGCUCCGACCGUAUCGGCCGUGGAAAGAUUGACCUCGAUGCUUCCCAGGUCACAGAUGUGCAAAAUUAUAGGAUAUUUGUAGCUACAUGGAAUGUGGCUGGAAAAUCUCCACCUAGUCAUUUGAAUCUAGAAGACUGGCUGCACACAUCACCUCCUGCUGACAUCUAUGUUCUCGGGUUUCAAGAAAUUGUUCCUUUAAACGCUGGUAAUGUCUUGGGCACAGAAGACAACGGGCCAGCUAAAAAAUGGUUAGCACUCAUUAGGAAAACUCUGAAUAGUCUUCCGGGCACAAGUGGUGGCUACUACACGCCUUCCCCAGUCCCUGAUCCUAUUGUGGAACUGGAUGCUGACUUUGAAGGGUCAACUAGACAAAAGGCCUCUUCUUUUUUCAAUCGCCACUCCUUCCAGUCACUUAGCCGUAGCAUGAGAAUGACAGAAAAUGAUAUGUCAAUGCCGCAGCCUCGACUUGAUCGUCGAUUCAGUGUCUGUGACAGGGUUAUGUUUGGGAACCGACAAUAUGAGUUUGAUCCGAAUGUCAGAUGGGGAGGGUCAUCUGAUGAUGAAAAUGAAGAAGGUGAGUCACCUUGUUCGGCACACUACUCACCAGUUUCAUACAAUGGUUCUGUCUCAAUGGAAGAAAGAGAGAGACAACCUGGGCAAUCAAGGUACUGUUUGGUGGCAAGUAAGCAGAUGGUUGGGAUUUUUCUCACUGUAUGGAUAAAGAGUGAUCUAAGAGAUGAUGUCCGCAACAUGAAAGCGUCUUGCGUGGGCAGAGGAUUGAUGGGUUAUCUGGGAAACAAGGGUUCAAUUUCGAUUAGCAUGUCUUUGCACCAAACAAGUUUCUGCUUCAUUUGUAGUCACUUGACCUCUGGGCAGAAGGAGGGUGAUGAGCUGCGAAGGAAUGCUGAUGUCAUGGAAAUUUUGAGGAAAACAAGGUUUCCAAGAGUUUGUGGCAUGGGAGAUGAAAACUCUCCUCAAACUGUUCUCGAGCAUGAUCGAAUUAUAUGGCUUGGGGACUUGAAUUAUCGGAUUGCGUUAUCCUAUCGAACUGCCAAGGCACUGGUGGAGAUGCAGAACUGGAGAGUGUUGUUAGAAAAUGAUCAGUUGAGGAUAGAACAGAGGCAAGGUCGUGUCUUUGAUGGAUGGGAUGAAGGAAAAAUAUAUUUUCCCCCCACGUACAAGUAUUCAAAUAAUUCAGACAGAUACGCUGGCGAUGAUAUGCACCCAAAAGAGAAACGGAGAACACCUGCCUGGUGUGACCGUAUACUGUGGUAUGGCCGAGGCAUCCAACAAUUAUCUUAUGUUCGUGGUGAGUCAAGGUUCUCUGAUCACAGACCAGUGUACAGUAUUUUUUUAGCAGAGGUUGAGUCCAUUAAUCGUAGCCGAAUCAAGAAAAGCAUGGGUUGCUCCAGUUCACGAGUUGAGGUUGAAGAGCUAUUGCCAUGCUACCAUGGAUACAGUCAACUAGAUUUUUUCUCCAGCAUGAAUUCUCAGUGAAGGACUCAUUCUCACCAACUGAUUUGAGAGAAAUUGACCAUCUAAACCAGAUGAAGCUAUUGCUCUGCAAAUAGCUUCUAAAAUAGGGCAGCAUUGACACUCAUAACGCGAGCAGAAAUCCAAAUCAUGAGAUUGGUUAAUCUGAAUCUGUUUGCCAUCAUAACAGGUCAGCGGAUAAGAUUGCCUGAACUGGAAGACCGAAUCUGGCUGUGCCACAUCCCAGAAGAAGGUUUGUCGUCGGCAAUUCUACCUUAAACAUUUUCGUUAGUCUUUACCUGCAGCUCUUUUGAUGGGAUGUUUUGCAGACUUGCAUGUUUUCCAUGACUUUUCAUUUCCCAACAGGUUGCUUCUCAUUUAGUGAUGACCAUGGUUUGUCUGACUCAACCCAAUAUUUCUGAUGUCCAAUCUUCCCGGAGAUUUUUUAUUUACAUGUACAGAAAAAGACCUCUUGCAAUAAAGGUUGAAAAUAAAUUUGUCAACCGGAAAAAGUCAGACUUGGUUUUGUAUGUCUGAUUUCGUUAGCUUAAUGGUUUGCAGGACUCUGAUGCAACAUCGGUGAUAUGGCUGGUGAUUUUAGAUAGUUAAUAGUAGUGAUUUUUUCCAGUGUAGAAUAUUAGGAAUUCUUUAGAUUGAGAAAGUAGCUGAGGAACAAUAAUCUGUAAAUUUUGCUGCAAUUUUCUACCGCCAGAGAGAGAUUUUUUUUUUUUUUUUUUUUUAUAGACGAUACAAAACGUAAAGUCAAAGAAGAAGAUGAUGUGAA